CCCCCCCCCCCCCCCCCUCAAGAAAAACAUUCGCUCGUUCUUAUCAUCGCCCGUUUUCAGCCUCGUUGCCACCCAGGCUGCGUGCCCAAUCCCUCGUUCAACCUAACUUCGCACGAUGCCCAGUUUCAAUCCCUUUGGCGGCGUUACUGGCAGGACGUGUGCCACCCUCUUUGAAAUACGCCUCGAGAACGAAGUCAUCGUCCUUCGCGGCGCUGAGAAUGAGGCUUCCAGUCAGCUCCUGAGGGGGGUCGUCGUUCUCUGUCUGCCCGCAGCCCUGAAAGUCGAGGAUGUGCACCUGCGCAUGACGGGGCAGUUGAAGGUUGGCUGGAAUGACCAGCGCAUGUCAGCUGCCGGCAUUUCCCACAAUCGAGUCGAGAAGACUACCGAGAUAUUCAAUCACAAAUGGGCCCCGUUUGUGGGCGGCGUGGGCCCGGGCUCGUCCUCGAGAGGCACCCUCCUACCCUCUGGAAACUACGAAUGGCCUUUCGAGCUGGUGAUCCCGGGUUCCAUGGCGGAGAGCGUUGAAGGGUUGCACGACAGUCAUAUUGUAUACAAGUUGAAGGCGACUGUUGCGAGAGGCAAGCUGGCGUACGAUUUACACACGUGGAAGCCCGUACGGAUCGUUCGCACGCUGGACCCAGCCGCUCUCGAGUUGACGCAUGCCAUGACGGUGGAAAACAUAUGGCCCAACAAGAUUGAGUAUCAGCUUAUCAUCCCCCAGAAGGCUAUCGUUUUCGGGACCGCGAUACACGUCUCGAUGCGAUUUACGUCGUUACUCAAAGGUUUGAGGAUAGGCACCAUAAAGUGUGUCCUAGUUGAAUCACAAGAGUUUGUAAUCCCAGGGGCUACUGUGCAUACCGAGAGGUUUUGGAAGCAUUCGAGGGACGUGAAUUCAUGGACGUUUGAACUGAAUGACGAGGAACACUACCAUGAUGUACUGGAUGAGAGCGGUCAGGAUGGCUAUACCCUGAAUGAGAUGAUGCCGUUGCCGAAAAGGUUGAGCAAGUGUGUCCAGGACGUGGAUGUGCACGGGAUCAAGAUACGCCACAAGGUCAAGUUCAACAUCGCCUUGCAUAACCCCGACGGGCACGUCUCAGAGCUCCGCGCAACGCUUCCGGUCACCAUCUUUAUCUCUCCGAACAUGCCAAUCGACGCCGACGGUUGUCUGAUCGACCAGACCCCUCUGAGUUCACAAUCCGUUGAUGUAGCUUCACACGCACCACCCCUCUAUGGCGAGCAUGUUCUAGAUCAGCUCUAUGCCGAUAUAGAUCAAUCGGGUCUCAUGACCCCGGCCCCCCAAUCUGGGAUGAAUACUCCCUUCUACAACCUAUCCCGCCACGGAUCGUCUGAAAACCUAGCUUCCCUUGAUGGGGCCGUUCAUCCAACGGGGGCCGUUCCUCCAGCAGCUCUAUCAUCGAGACUACAAAAUCUCAACACCUCGUCUCGGAAUAGCAGUUUCCAGAGGAGGCACCCGGUGCUGGGUUCUGGCGGAAACACUCCACACCAUGGGCCUCACGGCGAGAAUGAUAGCGGCUAUUUUGAUCACCACCAUCACUCGGCGAGCCACAGCACUGUUCUCAGUGGACGCACAAGUGAGGAGGACGAGCACCAUGGUGGACUCUCAAAUCUUGCCAGUGGUCAACAUACUCCCGAACAUAUUGAUUACUCGGACCUUGGCGAUCUGAGCAAGGUUCCUUCGUACUCCACCGCGGUCAGAGCGCCGAUCAGGUCGACGACCUAUUCCGAAUCAUUACCCAACUACGAGGCCGCAGUAUCAGUCCCCCCCAGCCCGAACCGAGCAUUCAGCACCCCCACCUCCCCACUCGUCGGCAGUCCCGAAAUAGGCAUCAGAAGACCACCCCCCGCGCACGUGGGAGACUUUGAGGAGAGGAGGAGGCUACACCUCCUGACGCCCCGCGAGCGGGCAUCUUGAGAAAAUUCCCGUUCAUUUCACCACCAGAAAGUCAGUCAAGUCAGUCAUGAGCGUGAAUGAAGUGUAGCGAGCGUUGGGAAUGAAUGAAUGGCAUGCAUGCAUAUAUACGGGGCAGGCGCAAAAUUUAGACGGGAGGGAUAUUUAGAUAGGAGCGGGGUUCGCAUUUCGAAGGCGUUUUUUUUUUUUGCUUCUCACUUUUUAUCUUUUCUUAUUUCUUAUUAUGAUUAACUAACUAUCCAUGAAAUGAAAAAAUCCGGAUCAUGCAAACUUUUUUCAAGAAGGAAGGAGUCAAAGUCGGCGGUAAUCUCAGGUUAAAGGGGAUGGAUUUGUAUGAAUGAAUGGAUGGAUGGUUGGAUGGGCUCGGGGGGAAGCGGGGGCGGGGGAGGCGGG